CGCCCACGGGUAUUUCGUUCCUUCAAUUCAAACUGUGUCUCGACAUUUCUUCGGUUCUGCGUCUUUCGGAAGGGGCACUAAAGUUGUGAGAAAAGUAGACAAGGCCAUUUCUUACGUCAUCAUGAAGUACUUGGAAUACACACCACUUGAUCGAAUAAAUGACUUCUUGAGUCAUGUAAAUCUUGGAGAAAGGACCAUCAAAGGAUGCCUAGAGGCUUACUCUUGCAAGCAUACAGGAACAGAUAAGAGGCUUUCUCUAAGCCUGGAGAAUGAGAUUCUGGACCACCUUGGAAAGUCUUUGGAUACCGACUCCUCCUCUCCAGUUGAAUAUCUAUGCAGUCGAUCCAGUCGGAAGACAAUGAUUUAUCUGCUUCUUACUCUCCAUCACAUGUAUCCAGAUUAUGAUUUCAGUGCAGUGAAAGCUCACGAAUUUUUCACCGAGGAAAGCUGGGACAGUGUUAAGCAGAUUUUCGAUGAUUACAUGUUUGAAGCCUCAAAGGCAUGGCUAGAGGAGAAUGAAGUUCCCCUACUCGAGACCUUGUACAAGACCUUAGAUGAGGUUGUGAAGCUAGCCGAAUGUGAGAUUUAUAGUUACAACCCGGAGGCCGAGGCCAAUCCCUUCCUUGAAAAAGGAUCAAUAUGGUCGUACCAUUUUUUCUUCUACAACCGAAAGCUCAAGCGCGUCGUGUACUUUAACUUCGGCUGCUUGAGCAAUCUGGUCGGCGACUUUGGCGAUGAGUCGAGCUUCGAGGAAGACGACGAAAUAUUCGAAGGAAUGGACAUGUAAAGGAGGCUGCUUUAGGUUCCAUUGUAGCUACAGAAUCCGACUUUAUGUUUCUUGUAAAGAAGGGCCUCUUCUUACCCUUUUGUUUCCUGUGUAUAUUUAGCUAAGUAAAUAAAAUGAUGUCUGAACUUGAGGAUGAACUUGAUGCUGUAAGAAUCUGUGAGAUUCGUUUUAGGAGAAAAAAAUCAAUUAAUCAUUAUCCAUACAAGGAAGUUUACAGAAUAGGCAUGGACUAGGAUAGGGUAGGAUCAUAGGAUGAUACAGAUUUGGGGAUUCCUAAGUUAGAAAUAUGAAAAAUGAUGGCUCUUCAGUUAUUGUAUCCAAUAGAGGCUUUCGAGAUGCUCUGUGUUGAUACUCCAGGCGCAAUCUGGACCAUCCAUUUUCGCAGCUUUCUACCAAAUUCUCCGUCGCCGGAGCUACUCGGACUGCGUUGUCUCCGGCGGAGGGAGCGGCCGCAACGACGAACACGGCGGCGUCUGCUGGCGUGACGAUUGAAUUGACUCUCCUCAUCGGAAACAUGAUGUAGAGGCUUCCGAACUCCAAGUCGUCGUCGGCGGCGAGCGGGGAGAAUCGGUUCCCGAUUUUGACAGAUUCGGAAUUGGUGAGGAAGUAGGAAGGAUAGUCGAGCAUGAGAUCCGCGGCUUUCACCUGGUGGCGGAACUGGCGGAGCUGGCCGCCGGGGAGAAUAACCCUAGCGGAGAUGGGGCUUUUGAGUUUGGGAGAUGGAAUAGCGCAGGAAGUGUAGUUUCCCAUGGCGGUGGAAUUAAGGUCGGUAUUGAAUGGCGCAGAAUAACUGCGCGCAUAUAUAACGUGGAUAGAAGAAGAAGAUAGAGAGGGAAAAAUGGCGUGUGGCAGUGGAGUAGUGGAAUAAUGGGAAACUUGCAUAUCUGCCAUUGCCAACUGGAAGUCAUGGUAAACGACAGUUGUGGGGGCAAGCAGAGGCUGGCAAACGCGGUCCUGAUUUUCCGCUUUGCGGUGGAUUUCAUUUCAUAUGGAAAAUCAUUCUCGCGAAUGUCGGCGUCGCCAUCAUUGGAUCGACAGAAGGACAACCUGUACGCGGAUGAUGAACUGAUGAUAGUCUACGCUUUCGUCGAUCUCCUUCCUUCCUUCCUUCCUUCCUACAGGUUUGAUCGCCAUUGUUAGGUCUGUUUUUCCUUCUAAAUUGCUCUCUUCCAAACGGCGUAGACAGCCUGUUCAUAGUCUCUUCCUUCCUUCCAACAGGUGCAAUUUUCGAUUCAGAAUUUCAUCGAAUUGUGAGUUUCAUUUCAGUAUCCACUGAAGCACUGCACUCACUUACCUUUGGUGAUUAGGUUUGAUCGCCAUUGUUAGAUCUGUGUUUCCUUCUGAAUUGCUCUUCCAAGCGGCGUAGACAUUCUAUUCAUAGUCUCUUCCUUCCUACAGGUGCAAUCUUCGAUUCUGAAUUUCAUCGAAUUGCGAGUUUCAUUUCAGUAUUCACUGAAACACUGCACUCUACUGCACUGCACUCUUACCUUUGGUGAUUAGGUUUGAUCGCCAUUGUUAGGUCUGUGUCUCCUUCUGAAUUGCUCUUCCAAACAGCGUAGACAGUCUGUUCAUAGUCUCUUCCUUCCUUCCUUCCUACAGUGGCUUUCUACAGGGACGGCCCUAGCUGGCAAAAAGGGCGCCACACAACGCCCACCAUAAAUAAGGAUCAUUAUACACAUAUUUGCAGGAAAACUCCACUAUAAGAUCCUCAAUUGAUCGCAGAUAGAACCGAGAGGAAGAAGACAAUUUGGGUGAAGUGAAGAGUUUGGGCUGAGUCCGGCGGGCCGGGCUAAGAAGUCGGCCAACAAAUUAUAUUUUCGAAGGAUCUGUUGGGUUAGAUCUCGAAUAGCUAAAAAAUCCCAACAUACUAUUUAUAAUGUUAAUUAACCAAAUCCCAAAUACAUAUUUAUAUACAUAUAGACUUAUUACCUGAGUUUGGGGUGUUUCAAUGGAAGAAUUCCGGUGAGUUUUGAUAACCUUAGAGUGAAACAAAGAGAGUUUUCGACGGCAGAUUUUUGGUAGAUGUCGAGGUUUAGAGUGAAGCACCAGCCUCUGUCUUGCGGCGUGAUUACCAUGUGCCUUAAUUAGAAGUCCCUUCUCCGGUAAAGAACAAGAAGGAAGAUCGGAGAAAGAAUUGGUAAAAUCGAAGUCGAUCGGAGGUUAUUUGAGUCCGUCGGAGGAGAUGACACUGUCCACUGGAGAAGAUGAUCAACAUGCAUCGUCAAUCUGCCGGAGUUCGAAGCUGUUCGGAGAAGAAGUUGCUGCGCUAAUCCGCUUGACAUCGAUGCCGAUUAUGCGAGAGAUAGAUUUGGAGUUAAGUUGUCUCGUUGCUUGAAUCGGGAGUCGAUUUCAUCGUCGUUAUUGUUUUUGUUUUUAGUUUACAGUUUGGCCAUUAUUUUUUUCGAUUCGAUUUAUUAUAUGGGUUUAUUCGAUUAUUGUUUUCGCUAAUUAAAAUCGUAUUUUGUUUAAGAAGGUUGUUCGAUAAAUUCAACUAUUCAAAAUAUAAAUUCACUUCACAACAUUUGACA